UGUCCCUACAGCCCACUAUCCUCCUCUGCUCUCCUCAAAUACUCCACCCAAUCCCCACUCCCCUCCCUCGCUCCCUCCCCAGAUCUAUCCCACAUCCGCCAUGGCCGCCAAGGCUCUCCUCCUCGUCCUCUUCACCGCCGCAACCCUCCUAUCCCCAACCCCAGCCACCGCCGCCGACUCCGACGGGCUAACCAAGUUCAAGGUCUACUUCCACGACGUGCUCUCGGGCAAAUCCCCGACAGCAAUCCGGAUCGCCCAAUCCCCCACCACAAACUCCUCCUCCACCUUCUUCGGCGCCAUGGUGGCCAUCGACGACCCGCUCACCACCACCCCCGCCGCCACGGGAUCCCCGGCCAAAUCGAAAGACGAGGUCGGCCGCGCGCAGGGGAGCUACACCUUCGCCGACCAGACCACCUUCGGGCUCCUCAUGAGCAUGAACUUCGUGUUCACCGCCGGGGAUCAUAAAGGGAGCAGCCUGGCGAUUUACGGGCGGAACGAGGUGCUUUCGACGGUGAGGGAGAUGAGCGUUGUGGGUGGGACGGGCAAGUUUCGGAUGGCGCGAGGGUAUGUGGAGGCCCGGACUGUGGAUUCCGGGAAUACUUCUGGGGAGACUGUUGUUGAGUACACCGUGUUUGUCAAGACUGCUGCCGGAGGAGCUGCUUGAAUGCUUGAUUUGGGAGAGCUGGGUAGUGUUCGUGUUGUUGUUGUUGGCUUUUGUGUUGUGUGUGAUGGAUGAAUUGAGUGGAAUAAUUGUGGUUAAACUGUUCUAAUGCACCUACGUACGAUGGAGAAUUAAAAUAACAUAAUUGGGGAGCAUUUUGAUUUUGCAAUGAAAUGAUUCAAUUA